AUGGCGAACGAAGAGGCUUGUGAAAACCCUGACAAAGUAACUUUUAAAUGCUCUUCUUGUGGUUUUGAAUGCUAUUAUGAAUAUUUUGGAAAGAGGCCUCCUUUUUCUAAGUCUGUGAUGUAUGAUCUUUUGUUUUGUGUCAAUAUGUAAUUUUUAGGGACUGACAAGAAAGAGCAUUAACUCAUAGCAAUGAACUUUUCUCAUAGACUUUUGGAAGAUGCGUAUGUUAUCCGUGACCCCUUCUCGCCAACCACAGGGCACUUGACUCUUGGUGGACAGUGUUGUUUGUGCUCAAAAGACAUUUGUGUGGCCCCGGUAAGGCUUAACUACAGAAUACCGUGACUGCAAGAGAUAGAUUCUUCAGAUUUUAGAUCUCCAAAGGUUGGCAUCUCUUUAACUGAGCCUGAUGGACAAAGGGCACAACUAUUAGGCCUGGGUUCAAAAUAAUCUCCCACCAACAUGCUGUACAUGCUCCACAAAGAUCUUGUGCGAUUCCUGGAGUGUCUUUCUCAAGUAUGCCAAAAUCAAGCAAGUGAAAGAAAGGCUCUUCUCGCUGAGUGGGAUUUGGUUUAUGCCCAGGGGGGGGCGGGGGGGGGGGUAUUCCUGGGAAUUCUUGAUGGGAGUUGGCUGCCUGGUUCUUCAAAUCCUGACCCGAUAUCAGACCAAAAAGUGCAAUUUUCCACACCCGUUUUUAGACUAGAUCUCUAAAAUCCAGUACCCGAUUUCAGACCUGGCCUUUAGGCAGAAAUUAUGUUAACAUUACUUAGAUUAGAGCACAAACAAAAAAAUUAUUCCAAUGCAUUUGGAAUUUGCAUAUUUCUCUUUCUUUCUUACUGGUUUGGGAUUGAAAUGAUAAAUGCGUUCAUACACUCCAUAUAGUUCCCUCAAAAACCAUACCAGAUUCCAGACCAAAAUGGGCGAAGUGUAUACCCGUUUUUAGACCAUAACGGCGCAAAACCCCUACCUGAUGGGGUGGCAUUUACCUAUAUGGCUUAUGGCUUAUAUAAGGUAUACCCACCCCCACCCCACCAUCCCCUCCCUCCCCCCCCGCAGGGGGUUUAUAGUAAUGUUCAUUUCCGCACUGAAAAUUACCCCUGUACUGCUGAUUUAUGUUGCAGUGAUACUGAUAAUUUAGGAUUAGUCUAAACCUAAAGUCAAGUACAUUAUUAUUAUUUUUUUUGUAAUCAAAAAUACUGGCAGUAAAGGGCCUCCUUUCUUCUCACUGGUAUUUACUUCAGAGAGAGACUAACCAUUUUACUAAUAAGCUUGGUUGGAAAUUUUUCAUUAGUUUUUCUUCUCUACUUUUAGACAUGCAGUAUUUUCUACACAAAGAGAUUUUGUGUUUCUUGUGUUGAAAAUAACCUGAUGGAAUUCCCUGAAGAAAUCCAGAAGGUACAUUGAAAUAAGUGUAGUCUCCACUAAACUGGUAUAUUUUAAUGUGGAAGUUUCCAACUUUCAGAUUAUAUGGAGUGCUGAUUUUGUUUAAUAUGUUAGACAGUUUAACUCUAUCAGACAGUAUCACUUCUGUUUUUAUGCAAGUAUGAAAAAGGAUUUUCUGGUUAUCCUGUGGUUGGGGUUGAGGGGCAUUGUGGAAGGAUCAGUCGCUCAUUAGCCAAUUUUUUUUCAAAAUGUUCUCUGGUGUUUUAGACAGAAUAUGGCAUCAGUAGGAAUCAUUGGCCACAGAGCUUUUUGUGCCGGACUACAUAUCCUAAAGGAUUGUAACAUCAUGGUUUCUCUUUAACUGAUUUAAUAAAUGAUGGGAACAUAUCCACAGCAAUAUUAUAUGUCAUAAGCUGACCUGCAAUGUUGGUCAUCAUCAUCAUCAUCAUCAUCAUCAUCAUCAUUAUUAACAGCUCUACUACCAAUACCACUACCUCCACCACCAUCAUCAUCAUUAGUGACCUUAAGCAAGGACGAUGACGAUGGCGGUGAAACCGUCAGUGAAAAAAUGAAUUUGCGUUCUUUCAAACUUAAUUGUAUUUGGACUCCCUCAAUGUGUCAAAUGCAGGCGACUUUUCCUGGAGUUGAAUUCUUAAAGGAUUUCAUUCAGGUUCAAAAAGAGGAAGGAAAAUUUGUUGUCAUAUGUCCACCUCCUCUAUAAAAUGUCAAAUUAGGAGGCUUCACAUCAUAGUCAUGCAGUGGACGUCAAAGAAAUGUACUUAAAAGGCUGAUGCACGUGCAGAGUGGUUGCUUUGAUCAUUAAACCUAUUCCUUUUUUGAAGUCGUCCUUGUGGUCGUCGUCGUCGUUGCUCAAGCUCCCUAUUAACACCUCCACAACCACCACUACCAUAAUCAUCACCAGCAUUAUCAUCAUCAUCAUCAUCAUCAUCAUCAUCAUCAUUAUCAGCAUCAACAUUAAAAGUUCUAUUAUUGCAAGAAGAUCCUGUUCCCUUUAGGCUUCUUUCAUUUUUAGGAGACUUUAAAUUUGAAAAAGAGAAGGGCAUUAUAAAUAUCUUAAUUUUUUUUAUAAAGUUAACAACUUGUUAUUUAUGGUUACUUCUGAUAUCAUCAUUGUAUUGUAUGGUUAUUCUUUUCUUCUUAUUGCUUUGUUAUUCUUUCCUCACAGGACAUUCAGAGAAAAGGUGUCCAUGAUGUUGAUUAA